AUGGGAAAUAGUCUCGAUCGGGCGCUCGGCGCGGAGGAAGAGCUAGAGGUGAAAGCAAGCGUUGUGAUUCGGAGGAAGAGCUUGACGAAGAAAGAUGGAGGAGGCGAGCAUGGCUGGAAUUUGCGAGUGAAGAGUGUGGGCGACGGUGGUGGCGAUCCCGACGCGAACUAUCGCCAUCUCCAAGCGCAGCAUCGAGAGGUAGACGAGGGAGAGGACCCGGAGGAAGAGAAAGAGGGCGACGAUGACGAGGAGGGUGAUGGCGAUUACGAUGAUCGCCAUAGCCAGCACGAGCAGCUGGAGCUUCUCCAAAGGUUUCGCCCGGGGGGAGACGAGGAGGAGGAGGAGGAGUACGAGGAAGAGGAAGAGGCGGAGAAGGAAAAAGCACCGAGGAGGAAGAGGCGGAGGAGCGGCGGCGGCGGUGCCAAGAACCGGGCGGCGGCGAGCUUGGACUCCAGCUCCAAAGUCUCGGGAGAUGACGACAGUGCGUCGCCGCCAGCCAGGAAACGCGCAAAGGGGAAUGGCAGGCCGUCGAGCGUGACGAUCUGCAGCGACACGGACAAGCCCAGCAUCGACAUCAAGAUCACCAGGUCGCAUUUGUCGCCCAGCUUCACUCUGAACUUGCCCCCAGGAUUCGUGCGCGCGCACAUCAACAUCGGGAUGCAGUACCGCGUGAUCAAUGGCGGGAGCUGCCAAUCGCUGAGCGUGCACAGCUCCGGGAGGAGAUUCAUGGUGAAGCGCCAUGAAUGGAGGCAGUUUGUGGAGGAUCAAGAGCUCGAGACUGGCGAUCUCGUGCAUCUGGAGGUGUUUGGAGGCAAUCGCGUGAUCAAGAUGGAGGUUUUCAAGAGCAGUGGCACCAGCAAAGCUAUCCUCUUCGACGAAGAUCCAGAUCAUGUGGAUUCGGAGGAAGGGGAGCUGGAAGAACUGAUCUUUGCAAGUGCAAGAAAUGAUAGCAUUAUGGUACCAAUCCCAGUUGAUUGAUUGGUAGACCUAUAAACCUUUGUAUACUUUUUCUCCUUACGUUUUAAAAGGGAUUUAAUGCGAGCGUGUAAA